GUGUGUGUGUGUGUGUGUGUGUGUGUGUGUGUGUGUGUGUGUGUGUGUGUGUGUGUGUGUGUGUGUGUGUGUGUGUGUGUGUGUGUGUGUGUGCGAAUAGAGAUAUGAGAGAAAGAAAGUGUCUUUGUAUUUGCAUAAUUUAAAUAUGUUUAAUUAUAUGGGUGAAGAACAAACAUCUGUCAUGUAAAAAGAAAGCUUCACAACAACUGCAGGCCAUCAAGCCAUCAGGAUCUAAAAGGUUGUUGUCACCUCUUUGAGGUCUGUUUCAAGGCAGGCCACAGGGGAUGACUUUGUGCACACAGCCCCUCUUUGAAAUCUUGCAUGGGAAUGCAGACCACUGUUGCAUUUUCAGUGACACCCGUAAAACCCUAUGUAUAAUAACACGUUGUCUUCAAGCUAGCAGUCUUUCCAUUCUCGCUAGUCCAAAUAAAUACUUAACUGUGAAAAGAGAGGCUGGGGGUGGCUCUUAAAGCAACAUUCAUCAUUCUGAAGAAAACCAACCAUCCAGCUUUUUUUGGGGUGUGCCAACAUUGGCCACACAAGCAUUGGUGUGGUUGAUACUGACUAAUUCUGCAACCUCAGUGGAAAUCUCAUGGACAGAUAGAGCUAAGGUAGGUAGAAAGAAAGCUAUGCAUCAAAUAAGUAGACUAUUAAAUGAGUGUACGUUGACGUUUCAAUUAUGAAACCGCUUUCUGUAACCAGGGCAAACAGUGUGGGUUUUGGAGCACCUGAAAGAGGGGCUGAUUUCCACUUAACACCAAUUUGAUGACACAGUUAAAAUGUGCAUAGACACUGCUUUUGUCUAUUAUUUUGGAUUGCAUCCGAUCAACUGAUUCAGUGGUGUAAAGUUUCAGCUUGUUAUGUUGUCCACUGUGAAUCAUGAUGGUCGCCUAAAGUCUUCAGGACGUUGUCUCAUGGUUCCCUGGAGGUUUUGUCUAGUUCCCAGUUUGUCCCUAGGACGUUUUUAGGACGUCGCCGAAUUUCCUCAGGGAAAUUGUUCAGGGAAACGUCUAUUCCUCAGGGAAACAUCUACCCUGUUUGCUGGGUAGAUGUGUCUUUAGGUGCUGUUGCCCUGGUUGCAUUUUUCUUCGGUUACAUGGACAAAUUUCGCAAUACCUUGCUCAGCAAAUUCAUUGAUUGCGCAACAUUCAAACAAUUUUUCGGGAGAUUUUCAUGGGCAUUUCUGAUAUGCUGUUAUCAUAUCACACACCAACUACUUCAAGAAAUGAACUGUUUGGAAUUAAUCCUUGGGGAAACCUGGACUUGAGAAACCAACAGGUGAAAGGUCAAGGAAUGAACACUAAAUGUAAAAGGGGGUUGUCUGGGGUUGUUUUUCUCUCUCUCUGCAUUGUUGGUAAGUAAGCAUUUCACUGUUUGUCUACACCUGUUGUUUACGAAGCAUGUGAAGAAUAAAAGUCGAUUUUUUUGGAGGGGUUGACGCCUUCAAGUCAUAUACACUGUACAGACACACACAUUAAUUCAUUCACACACACACACACACCCAUCAUAAAGUUCAGAGAUUCCAGGAAGUGAACUCAGAGAAAUACACUAGCUAGUGACAACUGACAGUAGCUGUUCAGAUGUGUAUGGUGUGUGAAGGCAGUCAGAUCUCUCCUCUCCCUCUGCACCACCAUGAUCAACACUUACCAGACCAGCAUGCCUCCACCACCUAUUCCCCCACGGCUAGGCUCUGUCAUGUCGGCACCAGGACCAGGCCACAGCAAACCUCUCCUCAGGUUCCUCAUUGGUAUGAUAGUGCUUCAAAUGGUUCUGCUACUGGGGGGAUUCGCCUACCUGUACCACACGGACAACAAGUAUCACGAGGACCUUGAGCGCAAGUACCUGGAUGAUAUGAUCGUCCUGAAGAGACUGGAAGAGUGUGAGAAAGACAUCCAGUCAGUGUUGGACUGUAAGACGCUUGUGGAGAAAUACAAAAGCAUCCUGGCAAAGGUCUCACAAAAGGAAGGAAGAGCUGCUAAACUCACUGGGGGUGGGCCCUCGUAUGGAGCCAUGGCACGCAUGAUCGUCAAGCAACCUGUUUCUGGUGCGCCUCCAACAAAGUAUCUGGAGUGGAACAUAGGCCACUCAGUGCGGAGGAACGUCCAGUACUACAUGUCCAGCUGGCUGAAGGUGCUGCAGCCUGGAGACUACAACAUCUACUCCCAGGUGGCCUUCUCCAAAUGGCACCCCAAAACCCCUCUGGCCAGCCGGGUGAAGCUAAGGAAGGGGGAGACGGGAGAGGAGAAAGACCUGAUGACAGCCUACUGCAGCCUGGGGGACCAGGAUCAUACAGACGUGUGUACAGCUUUCCAGGGAGGAGUGUUCAGUCUGGAGCCAGACGAUCAGCUUAGUGUGUGGGUGACGGACCCCAGCCUAGUCAACUAUGAGGAGGGGACUACCACUUUUGGAUUGUACAAGCUGUAGGCUGGUCAUCACAAUGGACAUUGCCUACAGUAUGGAGAUGAUGGACUGCGUUACUUUGGAUUAUGCCUGUUUUUGGAGCGAUGAAUGGAAUCAAGGCCAUGUAAGUGGUUGGAGUGGGACAGAACUGAAAACAAAUCUGCUAAAUGGAUCUAAACAUGGACUAGACCAGUGGUUCCCAAUUUUUUUUAUAGUCCCAUACCCCUUCAAACAUUCAACCUCCAGCUGCAUACCCCCCUCUAGCACCAGGGUCAGCACACUCUCAAAUGUUGUUUUUUGCCAUCAUUGUAAGCCUGCCACACACAGUAUACGAUACAUUUAUUAAACAUAAGAAUGAGUGUGAGUUUGUGUCACAACCCAGCUCAUGGGAAGUAACAAAAAGCUCUGAUAGGACCAGAGCAUAAAUAAUAACAAUCAAUCAUUUUGCUCUUUAUUUAACCAUCUUACAUAUAAAACCGUAUUUGUUAAUCGGAAAUUGUGAAUAACUCACCACAGGUUAAUUCUUAUGGCUGCAAUCCCGUUAACGAUCGAUAUGACAACAGCCAGUGAAAGUGCAGGGCGCCAAAUUCAAACAACAGAAAUCUCAUAAUUAAAAUUCCUCAAGCAUACAUGUAUUUUAUAGCAUUUUAAAGGUAAUCUUGUUGUUAAUCCCACCAAAAUGUCCGAUUUCAAAUAGGCUUUACACGAAAGCGCCACAAACUAUUAUUUUAGGUCACCGCAAAAUCACAGAAAAACACCGCCAUUUUUCACAAAAAGCAGAAAGAGAUAAAAUGAAUCACUAACCUUUGAUGAUCUUCAUCAGAUGACACUCAUAGGACUUCAUGUUACACAAUACAUAUAUGUUUUGUUCGAUAAAGUUCAUAUUUAUAUCCAAAAACCUUAGUUUACAUUGGCGCCAUGUUCAGAAAUGCCUCCAAAAUAUCCUGAGAAAUUGCAGAGCCACGUCAAAUAACAUAAAUACUCAUCAUACACUUUGAUGAAAGAUACAUGUUUUACAUAGAAUUAAAGAUACACUUGUUCUUAAUGCAACUACUUGCACACAAUCCCGGAUCCGGGAGCACCCCCAUCAGUAAAAAAGCUGACUAGCAUAGCCUAGCAUAGCGUCACAAGUAAAUACUAGCAUCUAAAUAUCAUUAAAUCACAAGUCCAAGACACCAGAUGAAAGAUACACAUCUUCUGAAUCCAGCCAUCAUUUCUGAUUUUUAAAAUGUUUUACAGGGAAGACACAAUAUGUAAAUCUAUUAGCUAACCACGAUAGCAAAAGACACAACUUUUUUUUUCCACAAUUGUUUUCUUGCAUAGGUAGCUAUCACAAUUUCGACCAAAUAAAGAUAUAAAUAGCCACUAACCAAGAAACAACUUCAUCAGAUGACAGUCUGAUAACAUAUUUAUUGUAUCGCAUAUGUUUUGUUAGAAAAAUGUGCAUAUUUCAGGUAUAAAUCAUAGUUUACCAUUGCAGCCACCAUCACAACUCUCACCAAAGCAACUAGAAUAACUACAGAGACCAACGUGAAUUAACUAAAUACUCAUCAUAAAAGAUUUCUGACAAAUACACAGUGUACAGCAAAUGAAAGACAAAGAUCUUGUGAAUCCAGCCAAUAUUUCAGAUUUUUUAAGUGUUUUACAGCGAAAACACAAUAUAGCAUUAUAUUAGCUUACUACAAUAGCCAACCACACAAUAGCAUUGAUUCAGGCCAACAAUAGCGAUAACGAAUAAACCAGCAAAAGAUAUACAUUUUUUCACUAACCUUCUCAAACUUCUUCAGAUGACAGUCCUAUAACAUCAUAUUACACAAUACAUAUCGAGUUUGUUCGAAAAUGUGCAUAUUUAGCAGCACAAAUCGUGGUUAUACAAUGAGAAAAGUAGCCAAGCUGCGAACAAUAUGUCGGGAGAAAUCUUGGGAGAAGCACCUAAUCUAAUCAGUAACUAAUCCUAAACUUGACUAAAAAAUACAGGUUGGACAGCAAAUGAAAGAUACAUUCGUUUUUAAUGCAAUCGCUGUGUUAGAUGUUAAAAAUUAACGUUACUACGACAUACAGCGUGCGUUAAAGCGAGACCGCACCGAAAUUAAUGGCGGAAUAUGAGUUUUACAUUUUUCAACAGAACAACGAAUUAACAUCAUAAAUAGUUCUUACUUUUUGAUGAGCUCCCAUCAGAAUAUUGGGCAAGUUGUCCUUUUUCCAAAAGAAUCGUUGUUCGGUUGUAGAUUGUCGCCUUCAACAUUGGAAUUAGCAGUAAACAUUAGCCAUGUGGGCCAGACGUGUCCAACUCCCUAGAACGCAGCACAAAUAAAUACCCGAAAAUCGCAAUAUACUGAUAUAAACUGAUAUAACUCGGUUUAAAAUAACAACAUUAUGAUGUCUUUAACACCUAUAUCGAAUAAAAUCAGAGCCGGAUAUAUCUAAGGGCUAUAACGGGAGCUUUCUAGAACGACAUCCUGAGGUCUGUCUUGCGCCAUGGCGAAGGGAAAAAAGAGAGUACACCACAUUGCCAGCCCAUUUAUAAGGCCUCAGAUCUGCCUAGCAACUCCAUUUCAAUUCUCACUAUUCACUGACAUCCAGGGGAAGGCGUAUGCAGUGCAUCUCAACCAAUAGAAUACAUGCAAAUUAAUAAACCGACCUCAGAACAGCCUGCAGAUUUCAGAUUUCUCACUUCCUCAUAGGAAAAUUGCUCCAACUCGAGUUCUGUUUUACUCACAGAUAUAAAUCAAACGGUUUUAGAAACUAGAGAGUGUUUUCUAUCCAAUAGUAAUAAUAAUAUGCAUAUUGUACGAGCAAGAAUUGAGUACGAGGCAGUUUAAUUUGGGAACGAAAUUAUUACAAAGUGCAAACAGCACCCCCUAUUGAGAAAAGGGUAAUGCAACCGCUGUGUCAGAUUUCAAAAAUCUUUACGGCAAAAGCACAAUAUUCAAUAAUCUGAGAACAGCGUUCAGCCACAAAAGGAAGCCAUACAGUUCCCCACCAAAUUGUGCAGUCAACAAAACUCAUAAAUAGCAUUAUAAAUAUUCACUUUACUUUGCUGAUCUUCGUUGGAAUGCACUCCCAGAAGAAAUGUUUGUUUUGUUCGGUAUUGUCCAUCAUUUAUGUCCAAAUAGCUAUUUUUGUUAGCGUGUUUGGUAAACAAAUCCAAAGUCAGGAAGCGCAUUUACUAAAAGCAGACGAAAUGUCAAAAAGUUCUGUAACAGUCAGUAGAAACAUGUCAAACGAUGUAUUGAAUCAAUCUUUAGGAUGUUUUAACAUAAAUCUUCAAUAGCGUUCCAACCGGAGAAUUCCAUUGACUUCAGAUGUGCGAUGGAACAGAGCUCCCUCUCAUGUGAACGCACAUGGUCAGAGCAUGGUCAGCUCAUGGCAGACCUGACUCAUUCCUGUCUCCUUCGGCCCCACUUCACAGUAGAGGCAUCAGACAAGGUUCUACAGACUGUUGACAUCUAGCGGAAGCCGUAGGAAGUGCAAACUGAUCCAUAUCCCACUGUGUAUUCGAUAGGCGAUGAGUUGAAAAUCGACCAACCUCAGAUUUCCCACUUCCUGUUUGGAUUUCUUCUCAGGUUUUUGCCUUCCAUAUGAGUUCUGUUAUACUCACAGACAUCAUUCAAACAGUUUUAGAAACUUCAGAGUGUUUUCCAUCCAAUACAAAUAAUAAUAUGCAUAUAUUAGCAACUGGGACUGAGUAACAGGCCGUUUACUCUGGGCACCUUUCAUCCAAGCUACUCAAUACUGUCCCUGCAGCCAUAAGAAGUUAAUGAGAAGGGUGUGCUUGAAAGGAUGCACAUAACUUUGCAAUGUUGGGUUGUAUUGGAGAGAGCCUCAGUCUUAAAUCAUUUUCCACACACAGUAUGUGCCUGUAUUUAGUUUUCAUGCUAGUGAGGGCCGAGAAUCCACUCUCACAUAGGUGCGUGGUUGCAAAGGGCGUCAGUGUCUUAACAGCGCGACUUGCCAAGGCAGGAUACUUUGAGCGCAGCCCAAUCCAGAAAUCUGGCAGUGGCUUCUGAUUAAAUUACAUUUUCACAGAACCGCUUGUUGCAAUUUCGAUGAGGCUCUCUUGUUCAGAUAUCGGUAAGUGGACUGGAGGCAGGGCAUGAAAGGAAUAACGAAUCUAGUUGUUUGUGUCAUCCGUUUCGGGAAAGUACCUGCGUAAUUGCGCACUCACUCAGCUAUAAUCACAUUUGACAUUGUCCAGAAGCUUGAGUUUAUUUGCACACAAAAAAAUCAUACAAUGAUGGAAAGACCUGUGUGCUGUCCUUGUUAAUGCAGACCGAGAAGAGCUCCAACUUCUUAAUCAUAGCCUCAACUUUGUCUCGCACAUUGAAUAUAGUUGCAGAGUCCCUGUAAUCCUAGAUUCAGAUCAUUCAGGUGAGGAAAAAACAUUACCCAGAUAGGCCAGUCGUAUGAGAAUCUCGUCAUCAUGCAAGCGGUCAAACAAGUGAAAAUUAUGGUCAGUAAAGAAAACUUUAAGCUCGUCUCUCAAUUCAAGAAAACGCAUCAAUACUUUACCCCUUGAUAACCAACACACUUAUGUAUGUUGUAAAAGCGUUACUUGGUCGCUGCCCAUAUCACUGCAUAGUGCAGAAAAUACACAAGAGUUCAGGGGCCUUGCUUUAACAAAGUUAACCAUUUUCACUGUAGUGUCCAAAACAUCUUUCAAGCUGUCAGGCAUUCCCUUGGUAGCAAGUGCCUCUCGGUGGAUGCUGCAGUGUACCCAAGCGGUGUCGGGGGCAACUGCCACUCCACUAUGUCUCCGUGUCAUGGCUUUUGCGCCAACAGUACAGAUACCAACAUGAACAGCAGCUACGUUUGGCUACAUACGGACCGUUAGUGGAAUUCCCGUAAGAGUUCCCGAUUGGAUGUUAAUUAUUUGACUAGGCUACCUGUAUUUGACAUUGUGUUGUUAUUUCGCUGAACACUAGAUGGUUUAAUUUAAUUUUUGGCAGUGAAAUGAGGCUACUCAGGCGAGAGAGAAAAAACGCACCCAAAUGUAUAGCCCCAUUGGAAAAUAUAAAUGGACUGUUUGAAAAUGGGAAGAUUUUUUUAUAUUAAAAAAAAAAAAAAAAAAAGUGAAUCACAUUUUUAUUUGGCGUACCCCCCAGUUUGGGAAUAUCUGGACUAGAUCAAUUUAAAACUUAGAACCUUUUUACCAAGCCCACGGUGAAACCCACAAUUCCCUGGAACUGGAACAUAUUUCUGUUGAUUGGAUAACUUAGUAUCCCAGCCCUACGAUGUUAGAUAUUAAUAUUAAUUACUAGGAAUAUGGCAAUGACUGUAUUUAUUGUGACGU